AUGAAACAACUAUUAUUCGCCAAGCUGUUUCUUAUUGUUACUGCAGCAUUCCUCACUUCACCACAAACGACGUUUGAAGCUAGUGUGUCUUUGCCUUCAUACCCACUGGCUGUCAAAAGUCCGUAUCUUUCAACUUGGGUUCCUGGUAAUCAGCUUGCGGGUGCGUCUUCAGCACAACCCGAGUUCUGGCAAGGACAGCCUCUGACCUGGCCUGUACUUGCAAGAGUGGGCAAGACGACAUUCUCUCUUCUCGGCGUUCCUCACGGCAUCAAGGGUAGUCUACCCGCCAAGACGACUGACAUCAGCUAUACAUCCACCCACACACUGGUCAACUUGACCGCAGAUCAUAUAUGCUUUACUCUCGACUUCUUCUCACCAGUACAGCCUGGUGAGAGCGAGUAUGCUCUGCAGUCCUUGCCGUACUCCUACCUCACUGUCACGGCGACCAAUGAAGCAGGAGGGUCGACUCACAUUCAGAUCCUCAAUGCCAUUGAUCAGACCUGGACAGCACAGGAUGGCGCUGCCCAGCUCAACUAUACGACAUCAGGCAAUGCGACAUUCUUCUCGUUCCAUAAUCCGAACGAGAGAAUCUUCACAGAACAUAGAGAGAUGGCAUCCUACGGUACGAUAGUAUUUGGUACGACCGCCGGCAAAGGUGUAGGUUGGGCUUGUGCCAGUGCUGACGAUAUAUACUCGGCCUUCAUUCAUCAUGGCAAAUUACCACGGUCGACUUCGUGUAGAGGCACAGAACUGGCGGCGUUGUCCCAAGAUCUCGGCCGAUUGAAGGCAAAAGAUAGCCGCUCCGCAACGUUCGCAGUCGGCCACGACAGGGUUGACGCCAUCAACCUACUCGGCAAUACACAAACGGGAGUCUAUCGAUCACAAUGGUCGACUGUUGAGUCGGCUAUGGGAUUUGUUUUGAGCAACUAUGAGACAGCUCUGAACGCUUCGAAUAAGUUUGAUGCUGUAAUUCGUGGAAAAGCCGAAGCUGUCUCCUCGCAAUUCGGCAGCGAGUAUGCAGAUCUCAUCGAAGCAAGCGUAAGACAGACAUUCGCCUCAUUCGAGUUGACUGUACCUCUCAACAACCUCGCAGCCAUGCCGCAGGCAUUCCUAAAGGAGAUCUCGAGCGAUGGGAACAUACAGACAAUCGACCUGUUCUUCCAAAGCUGGCCAAUAUUCCAUGCCCUUGGACCGAACUAUAUUCGGAUGUUCUUCCAGCCAAUACUGGCAUAUCUGCAAGCCGGUCGCUGGCCACAUCCGUGGGUAAUCCAUGAUCUGGGAUACAGCUACCCAAAUGCUACUGGCCACGAGAGUGGUAAUGCGGAGCAAAUGCCUCUCUUCGAAACAUCAAGCAUGUUCAUCCUAUUGCAUGCGUACGAGAAGCUCACCAACGACACUGCGUGGUUGCGACAGUAUGAUGACCUGCUCGAAGGCUAUGCUUCGUGGCUGAGCACAAACUCGCUGUACCCAGCUUCACAAUUGAUAAGCGUAGAUGCUAUCGUCAAGACACCCAACCAGACAGCUCUCGCUGUCCAGUCAGCCAUCGGGUUGAAGGCGGCGGGUAUCUUGCUCAACAAUGCUACUUAUACCCACGUGGCCACGUCAAUUGCAGAGACGAUCUACGAAGGCGGCCUUGGUCUGAACGGCGAAACUCGGUCAUCGAGCACGCACUUCACCUAUAAUUAUGGCAACAGCACGACUUGGAAUGUACUCUUCGCGGCAUACUCGGACGUGGCGCUGAAUCUUGGUACCUUCCCAGCUUCGGCGUGGGAUAUGCAGUCGAAGUGGUAUAUGGCACAGAUGCAGGACUAUGGUCUGGCUUUCGCUGGUCCAGCUUCCAAUCUUGACUAUGAUGGUGCUCCGCUGACCUGGGGUCUGCUUGACUGGAAUUUUGUUGCUGCCGCUGCUUCAUCAAUCGAAGUGCAGAGUGCUAUUGUCAACAGCAGCCAUGCGUUCUUGACGAGCGGCAGACAUACGGAGCCUUUUGGUACCAAGUAUCAGAUCAUAGGGCCAGAUGCUGGUAAGUGGAUCGGCAACAAGGCAAGAAGUACGGUUGGAUCAAUCUUUGCACUGCUAGCGCUGGAUCAAGGUGUGCUGGAUUUGACCUGA